AUGAAAUUGUCUCUGUUAGCAUUCGUCGGGUUGGAACAACUGGUUUCGGGCCAAGCAGCCAAUGCCAAUGACCCUGCAGCUCAGGGCGCUGAAAGACAAGAAAAACUGACUCGAUUGACGAUAUUUCAAAUCCGCAAGGAUGACUAUUUAGUCUACAAUUGUCUUGAAAUCGCCGCAUCUGAAGGAAAACUUGUUGAUGAGCAGUGUCAGCACUUUUUAUGGAUCUGGAAGCAUUCGCAAACUGAAAGCAAAGAAAUCCAAAAACUCGUGUCUCAAAAAUGCCCGCAAGAUUCCAUCGCCGGUGUUGCCUCCGAAUGCGCUCAUUACUACUCCGAACCAUUCGGAGCUGACAAUAAGCUCAUCCCUUGUCUUAUGGACUACCGCCUUCAAAUAACUGACGAUCCUAGCUGCCGAAGUUACCUAACCGAUAUCUCGAAGGUCGUGUUUUCGGAUUUCCGACUCAUUUGUAAUUUUGUGAAUCAAUGCAAAAACGACAUCUUCAAGUACCAAUGCGGGCGAAAUGACUUUGGCCAAAGUCUGGACGAAGACGAAGGCAUCAAUCCUUGGCUUCAGCAACAUUCCCAAGGAGCUGUUGUUCAAUGUCUCGAAAAUCAUCUCGGCGACGAUGAAGAAAUCAGUGAAGGGUGCCAAAAGGAGCUUGUGAAUCUGGCCGAGCUCUCUGCUGACGAUUUUACUCUCGACAGGGCUUUUUACAUGGCCUGCCGAGAUGAUAGAGAUAAUUUCCCAGAUUGCGCAGAGAUACCCGCUGGAGAUGGAAAAGUGUACUCUUGUCUCUUCCGCCACAAGUUCGACAAAGCGAUGACCGAAGACUGCCAACAAGCCAUUACUAUUCGCGAACGAUUGAUCUACUCUGCGGAUUACAAGGCGGGCUACAAUCUGCACAAGACAUGUAGAAAAUCAUUCCGCCAAUUUGGAUGUGAUACUGCCGAGUUCGAUAACCUCCAAAUGGGUGGUGAAUUCGCAGGUCUUUCGGACAUCCUCAUGUGCGUUGAAAAGAAGUUGCGAAAAGAAAAGAAGGAUAAAAACGGAAAAUUGCUUGCUGUUGAAGGCAGCUGUGAUUCGGAACUUCUUGCUUACCGACAAUUCUUGAUGGAAGAUUACUCUCUUUCGCCAGAAGUCGUUUCCGCAUGCAAAAUUGAGAUCAAAACGUACUGCGAUGGAGGUAUUGUCAAAGGAGGCGAAACGCUCCACUGUUUGAUGGGACUCGACACAGACCCAGAUGUCGACGAAGAUAUUUCCGACGAUUGCGAAGAUGCUCUUUACGAGCUUAUCGAAGAGACCGAGGCCGACGAUAGUUUCAGGGUCGACAAGCGACUCGACCAUCUCUGCAGCCCGAUUGCCGCUGAACUUUGCAAGGAUUCAAAUGAUGAUGACGCUGAAGUCUUGUCGUGUCUGCUUGAGAAUCUGCACUCUCACCAAAUGGUCCAAGAGCAUCCACUCUGUCGAAAAUCACUCUUAGAAACCCAGUACUUCCUUUCAAGAGACUUUUCGUGGGAUAAGAAAUUCCGUCGCGCUUGUCAUGAAGACGCUGAAGAUCUCUGUAAUGUCGGAACUUUCAAUGAGGUCGACGACGAAGAAGAACUUCCAAUUCCUCUUUCAAUGGUGAUCGGUUGUUUGUACAGACAUAGCCAUCCAUUCGAGGAGGAUGUCGGUAAAAACGGAGCAGGAAGAACCCUUAAGGCUAAAUGCGCCGAGCAAGUGCACCGUGUCAUGAAACAGCGAGCUAUGGAAGUUGAACUCAAUCCCGAACUGGAAGCUGCCUGUCGACCUACUUUAGGAAGCAUGUGUUCAGAAGAAGAUGCUUUGAAGAAAGUCGAGUUUUUGUGCCUCCAAGAUCAUUAUGAAGAUAUGAAGAAGUCCACUCGAGCGCACGACCAGCAGUGUGCCGAGCAAGUCGCCAAGUUAACUCAAAUUGCUUCUGAAGAUCUUGAUCUCGAGCAAGUUCUUUUCACUUCUUGUGAGCCUAUGGUCGAAAAGUUCUGCAAGCCUGCACUGAAAUCUGAAGAUGAAGGAAAGGUUUUGGGUUGCCUCAUCAAUCACAAAAAUGAGCAGGACAUGGACGAGAAGUGUCAAGCUGGUGUUUUGCACUUCCAGAUUAUCUCGAUGACGGACUAUAAGCUUGGUUACGCGUUCUUCAAAAGUUGCAAAAAGGAUAUCCAGAUGUACUGCCAUAAUCAGGCGCAGCAGCAGUCAAAACCGCAAAUUGUCCACUGUCUCUCCGAGAGAAUUCGAAACGCGGUUUUGUCAGAGAGCUCGCACGAUAUUUCUGAUGUUUGCCGAGCGCAAGUUAACUUCGAGCUCUUGUCUGAAUCUGAAGACGUUCGUCUUCGACCAGAAAUUAUUAGAGCUUGCGCUUUGGACAUCAAGGUUCACUGCAAUGAUGUCAAACCAGGAGCUGGCAGAAUCGAAGAGUGCUUGAAAGAAAAGAAAGAUGAUCUCAGUAAUAAAUGCGCUGGAGUCUUAUUCGAGGACAUCGAGAUCGAGGCGGAUAACCCGGCUGUUGACUACUUCCUUAUCAAAGCCUGCAAGCCUGUCAUCCAAGCUCACUGCGGGCAAGCUUCCAAUAUGAAGAAUGUGAUGCCCUGUCUUGUGGAGCACGUUGGCGAUGAUCUAAUGUCGAAGGAGUGUCGCAUGGCGGUCAAAGCGAGACAGAUGAUGGGAGCGGAAAAUAUCAAGCUCAAUCCUCAACUCUCAAAGGCUUGCCACCUCGAUAUCCAAAGAGUAUGCCCAGCUGAGUUCGGCGAAAUGAAACAGCUCGUAUCAGAGCUAAAGGCAGAUAUGAAUUCAGACAAAGGAGCUCUUUUCGAAGGACGAGUUAUUUCUUGUUUGAAGAACAAUUUCAUCAAGCAACAAGCGUCAAAGGAUAACAAACUAAUUCUUACGAAGAAUUGCGCUUCCCAUGUUGAAAAUUUGAUGAAGCAGGAGAUCAAACACUACGAACUUGACCCAGAGCUCAAAAAAUUCUGCAACAAAGGCCCCAUUUCCCCACUGAAGAUUAUGUGCUCUCCUGAGUCCGUCGAAGACCCGAUAGAGUGUCUCAAAGAAAAGUUCAACAAUGAAGAGCUCAAGGAAAGUGAGCCGUGUAGAAUUUACAUUGGCAAGCUUAUCCAAGAAGGUGAGGUCGAUGUGAAUGUGGAUGCCACUCUUCAAAAUGCUUGCGGCACGGAUCUAAAAAUGUACUGCACGGACGUUGAGCCUGGACACGGACGUCGAAUCAACUGCCUUGUCAAUAUGAUGAAGAAGAAACCGAAGAGUCUUUCGGAAGCUUGUCUCUCUAAGCUGCACGAGCGACGGGACAUGUGGCAGAAAGCACAAAGCAUGAAGAUCGAAGGCGUCGAAGACCUCUACUACUCGAUUCAACGGUCCAACCACUCGCACUACUUGUUCGCGGUUCUCGCCGGGCUCUGCCUUGUCCUUCUCGGUUGUGGAAUGAGCCUUGGUCGAGUGACUGCUCGUGCCAGAGAACGCAAAGCGCUUUGA